AUGAACGGCUUCUUCGGCGGGCGCUACAGCCGGUGGAACGGCGACGUGAAGGCGCUGACGUGGAUCCGGUCGGUGGGGCUGAUGGCGGGCCACCACACGGUGGUUCUGGAGGCGCGGCGCGGCGCGGAAGCGGAGUACGGCAACGGAUACCUGGCGCGCGUGGUGGCUGACGGCGUGGCGGUGGAGCUGACUGUGCCCGGCACGACGGUGCAGCUGUGGGACGGCGCGACGCUCAAGUGGGAGGCUGCGCGCAAGCUGAGCGGUACGGACCUUGUCGACGUGUACGACGUGACGAUCGACGGCGUCGCCACCAUCCGCCUCACGCUCAGGCCCGAGGUCAAGAACCUCCGCACCGCCACGGACGCCGCCGUGCACUUCGGCCUCGACGUGCUCUCCUCGUCCUUCUCCCAGGCCGUUCACGGCGUGCUCGGCCAGACGUUCCGCCCCGACUUCCAGGGCCGCCUGUCUCACCAGAAGCUGCAGUGGAGCCAGCUGCUGCAGGUGAUGGUGGUGCCGGGCGACAACGCGGAGGGCUUCAUCGAUGGAAACAUGGACGACUACGAGGUGACGGACCUGCUCAAGGCGGACUGCAAGAUGUGCCGCUUCACGCGCGCCCACGCCGUGGACGAGGAGAUGUCCAUCGCCAUGAACAUGAUGGGCAGCGCCGUCGGCGGAGGCCUGCCCGCCGCUCCUCGCAAAUACCUCGCACAGAGCUUCUAG